AUGGGCCUUGGACAGGGGCUGGUCCUCCUCUGCCACUCUGCCACUUAUGAUGGCAUGACCCCGCACCCCUCCACCGUCUGCUGUUUCCACACCAGGACGCUGAGUGGGCGUGAGGGCGGAGCACCGGCCACAUCAGAUCACAGCUCUCUCCUCCUCCUCCUGCGUGAUAACGAGCUGUCCAGCCCAGUGGGGGCGGGUCCCGGCUCAAAAGUGGCCAAACUGACGUGCGCUGACAUGCUGCAGUACCACCCCGGGCCUGUGGGGGUGGACCCAGAAUAA